AUGUUGCAGUUUGAUGAUAUUCUCAAGUAUUUGGGAGAGUUUGGGAUUUAUCAGAAACGUGUAUGCUAUCUAAUUUGUAUUAUUUACAUAUUGACAGGAUUUCAUGCGUUUGCCCAAGUAUUCUUAGCAGCUGAGACUGACCAUUGGUGCUAUAUUCCAGAGUUGGAUAAAGAUGAAGAAGAUUGCAAUCUGAAUAACACAGUAAUGUUUUGCCAAAAUAUGAUGAAGAACCACAGUAUACCAUCGGUGGAAAGCUCAAGUCAGUGUGGUAGUGGUUUGGUUUACAGUAAUUGUGAACGCUAUGAAAACCUGUCAUACUCCAACAAAAUUAUGAAAUGUAAUCAUGGGUGGAAAUAUGAACGAUCACAAUUAGGGAUUCAAUGUGGCAUCAAUAUGAUGCGAACUGCGGUGGUGGAUAAUAUCAGCCAGAGAUGUGAGAAAAUGAACGCUUUAUUCAACCCCAAAGUGUUCAGAGAUAUGUCUAGAAAAUUGUAUCGAAAUUGCCACAUGAGAAGUGGUCACAUGAAAGCAAAGUAUAGCAGUGAUGGGUGCGACAGCGUAGUGGUUUGUGAUGAAUUGGAUCCGCAUUCCGACAGCAAAAUUGGUCGUAAACCAUCAAUGAUGUUAUCAUUACUGUGUAUGGCGGUAGGAAGCUCAGCAUGCGCGUUUUCUCCAAAUAUUAUCGUAUAUUCCAUUUUUAGACUGAUUGUUGGCAGUGGUGUGAUGGGCAUAUGGCUCGCCGCCUUCGUGCUGCUUACAGAACUUGUUGGUCCAUCAAAAAGAGUGUUCACUGGAACUCUUGUCGCUUUUUUCAUAAGCUUUGGAUAUAUGAUUUUAGCUGGAUUAGCAUACUUUAUCAGAUACUGGUGGAUACUACAGUUAUGUAUAUCAAUACCAGCGGCUGUAUUCUUAUCAUAUUGGUGGAUCCUACCAGAGUCUCCAAGAUGGCUACUUUCAGUUGGCAAAAGGAAACAAGCAGAAAGAGUCAUCAGAGACUGUGCUAAAGUUAACAAAGUCACAGUUCCCGAUAGUGUGUUUGAAUGUGUUGGCAAUUCAAAGGAAGGGAAUAAAGAAGACACAGGAAACGUGUUUGAUCUAUUUCGCUUGCCAAAUAUGAGGAAGAAAACUCUCACCAUCUGCUACACUUGGUUCACUGUAAGCAUGGUGUACUAUGGUAUAUCGUUAAACACCUCGAAUCUUGCAGGCGACGACUAUUUGAACGCUUUUCUAUCGGGCGCAGUAGAAGUGCCAGCUUAUAUUCUAGCUAUAUUACUACCUGAAACAAGACUUGGGCGUCGUUGGUCUCAGUCAUUGAUGUUUAUACUUGGAGGAUUGGCAUGUAUACUUACUCUCUUCGCACCUACAUGCACUGUGGAAUGGAUUAGUGUUGCUUUGGUGAUGACUGGAAAAUGUGCUGUUUCAGCUGCCUACGCCAUAGUGUAUGUCUUCUCUGCUGAAAUAUACCCAACCCCAGUCAGAACUACUGGACUGGCCCUAUCCUCGCUUUGUGCCAGAGGGGGUGGAAUUCUAGCGCCACAACUGUUAUUGAUCAGAGUAUUUUGGGAGCCAUUACCACUCAUCAUAUUCGGAGCAACGUCCAUUUUGGCUGGAUUGCUUACAUUAUUGUUACCGGAAACACGUCAUCAGAAACUCUCAGAGACGCUUCUGGAUGGUGAAAUGUUUGGAAAAAAAACUCAUUCAUUUGGUAAACUGACUGCAGACUCAAUCACGUGUCCAGUGGAUGAUAUAAUGAUGGUUGAGAUAGCUGACAAGGAUACAAAUGGGAAGAAAAUGAAAAUAUUCCUAGCAGCUGAGACUGACCAUUGGUGCUAUGUUCCAGAGUUUGAUAAAUAUGAAGACGAAUACAGCUCACUAAUGCUCUGCCAAGAUAUGAUAAAGAACCACAAUAUUUCAUCAAUGGAAAGCUCUAAUCAGUGUGGUAGUGGUUUGGUUUACAGUAAUUGUGAACGCUAUGAAAACAUGUCAUACACCAAUUAUACUAUAAAAUGUAAUCAUGGAUGGAAAUAUGACCGAUCGCAGUACAAAUCAUCGAUAUAUCAGGAGUUUGAUUUGGUUUGUAAUCGCUAUUUUCUGGGUGCCUUAUCAUCCUCUAUGUUCCAGCUGGGAUUAUUGGUUGGAGGAAUAAUUUUUGGUGCUCUAUCUGAUACGUUUACCGUAGCCAUGGUGUACGAUGGUCUAUCACUCACCACUUCAAAUCUUGGAGGCAACGACUAUUUGAACGCCUUUGUCUCAGGCGCAGUUGAAAUGCCAGCCAUUAUUUUAGAUACUUCUCCCUGA